AUGAGAUCGGAGAAUAAAGAAGCCGGAGAAGAUGAGCUCCGACGUAACCCAUAUGAAGUCCUCGGCAUCUCCAGCAAUUCGACGGAUCAAGAGAUCAAAAGUGCUUAUCGAAGAAUGGCUCUCAGGUACCAUCCUGAUAAGAAUCCAAAUGAUCCGGUUGCAGCAGAUAUGUUCAAAGAGGUUACAUUUGCCUAUGAUCUCUUGUCUGAUCCAGAGAAUCGUCGCCAAUAUGACACAACUGGCUCUGAGACUGUUGGUCUGGAAAAUGAAGAUCUUGAGCUAGAUCUUUCGAGCUUAGGAGCUGUUAACACUAUAUUCGCCGCGCUGUUCAAUAAGCUUGGUGUGCAAAUCAAGACAACUGUCUCUGCAAAUCUAUUGGACGAGGCGUUGAAUGGUACGGUUACUACAUUGCCUCUUACGGUUGGGAAAGUUGUGUCAAGAAAGGUUGAAAAACAAUCAGCACAUUUUUAUUCUGUUACGUUAACAGAGGAAGAAGCUCAGGCUGGAUUGAUAUGUAAAGUGCAGUCAUCUGCUAAAAACAAAUUCAAGUUGCUUUACUUUGAUCAAGAAGACAAUGGAGGAUUGAGCCUGGCACUACAGGAAGACAGCAAGAAAACAGGAAAGCUAUCGACCGCAGGGUUAUAUUUUUUCGGCUUCCCUGUUUAUCGUUUCGACCAUAGGAGGGCACUCUCAAGGGAUCCAGAGACCGGAUUUUUCAAAAGGCUUGAUGCAUUCCAACCGUUUGAGAUCACUGAACUGAAACCUGGAUCUCAUGUCUUUGCUGUUUAUGGUGACAAUUUCUUCAAAAGCGUGAGCUACACUCUAGAAAUAUUCUCAUCUGCUCCGUUUGCUAACGAGAAAGAGAAUCUCCGGUCCACUGAAGCUCAGAUAGUCUCUAAAAGAAGUGAGCUGUUGAAGUUUGAAUCUGAGUAUCACGAGGUCUUUGCGCAGUUCACUGAGAUGGCUAGUAAAUGCGCAGGGGAAGUACAAGAGAUUGAUGAGCUUCUCAAGAGGAGGAAUGAGAUAUGUGCGGCGUACACAAUUUUCCCACCUAUGAAGCAAGGUUCAAGCAAGAACAGGAGCUGGAGCAAAGGAAAGAGCAAGAAGAAGAACAGUUUGUUAAUGGAACAUAGAGAAGAAGGAGAAGUCACAGUGAGGGAAGAAGAUGUAGUGAAGAAGAAGAAAUGGUAUAAAUUCAGCUGA